AUGGGCGGGGCCGAGGGGGCGCGGAGCUGACUCGGUCCGGGCCGGGCGCGUGGUCUCCUGGCGGGGUCAGGGGGUCAGGGGGCGAGCCCGGCCGGGGGCGUCACCUGCAGCGCUGCCCCCGCGGCCCGCCUCCCACCCGGGCUAUAAGAGAGCUGUCUGAGCACCGGCCUGCCUCUCGCUUCUUUCCGAGCCGUCUGGUCGCGCUAGAGGAGCCGGUGUCCCCGGGCGAGGAAGAUGCUGCCGAUCGCGAAGACCCUGAAACAGGGCAAAAGGGGUAUUCUAGAGCGCUUGGAUGCUGGAGAGAUUGUGAUUGGAGAUGGGGGAUUUGUCUUUGCCCUAGAAAAGAGGGGAUAUGUGAAGGCUGGGCCUUGGACUCCUGAAGCAACAGUAGAACACCCAGAAGCAGUUCGUCAGCUUCACAGGGAAUUCCUCAGAGCUGGAUCCAAUGUUCUGCAAACGUUCACCUUUUAUGCCAGUGAGGACAAACUAGAGAACAGAGGCAACUACGUAGCUGAGAAAAUAACUUGCCAGAAAGUGAAUGAAGCUGCUUGUGACAUUGCCAGAGAAGUGGCCAGUGAAGGUGAUGCUUUAGUAGCUGGAGGAGUUAGUCAAACACCAUCAUACUUAAGCUGCAAGGAUAAAGCAGAGGUUAAAGCAGUCUUUCGAAAGCAACUAGAUAUCUUCAUGAAGAAGAACGUAGACUUCCUCAUUGCAGAGUAUUUUGAACAUGUUGAAGAAGCUGUCUGGGCAGUUGAAGUCCUAAAAGAAUCUGGCAAGCCAGUUGCAGCUACGAUGUGCAUAGGUCCGGAAGGAGACAUGCAUGGUGUGCCCCCUGGACAAUGUGCUGUCCAGCUGGUGAAGGCUGGUGCUUCUAUUGUUGGAGUCAACUGCCAUUUUGACCCAGAUACUGUACUGGAAACCGUGAAACUGAUGAAAGAGGGCUUGCAAGCUGCUAAGCUGAAAGCCCACCUGAUGUCUCAACCACUCGCUUUCCAUACACCUGAUUGUGGGAAGCAGGGAUUUAUUGAUCUUCCUGAAUUUCCCUUUGGUCUGGAACCAAGAAUCAUCACUAGAUGGGAUGUCCAAAAAUACGCAAGAAAGGCUUAUGAUUUGGGAAUCCGCUAUAUUGGAGGCUGCUGUGGAUUUGAGCCAUACCACAUCCGAGCAAUAGCUGAAGAGCUGGCUCCUGAAAGAGGAUUUUUGCCAGAAGCUUCUGAGAAACAUGGUAGCUGGGGCAAUAGCCUGAGCAUGCAUACUAAACCCUGGGUCAGAGCAAGAGCAAGGAAAGAAUACUGGGAGAAUCUGAAGCCUGCUUCAGGCAGGCCAUAUUGUCCUUCAAUGUCAAAGCCUGAUGGCUGGGGAGUGACCAAAGGAGCCAGGGAGCUGAUGCAGCAGAAAGAAGCAACAACUGAACAGCAGCUGAAGGAGCUCUUCCAGAAACAGAAAUUCUAAUCUGCUGCAAUUGUCUGAAUGCUAGGAUGUUAGAACAUCUCAUCCUCUGAGAGAAAACUUGUGAAGAUUAAUACCCUGUUAACUGGUCAAUUAACAUGUAAUGAAAGAGGCAAAAUGCAAGGAAAAUGUGAUUACAAAUUAAAUAUGAGAAGCUUUGAUAAUAAAAUCUUUCUCUGGACAAAUA